AUGUUCAGAGCAGUUCAUGAACUAUCAAAUAAAGAUAUUUUUGUCAAUGUGCAAAGAAUUGGCAUACUAAUAAUCUGGGAAGAACGACCCGUGAAAGAAAAACUCCUUAUGUAUAAGAAUUAUUACGUCCCUAUUGUCACCUAUGAUGGAGAAACAUGGACAAUGACAGAAAGGGACUGGAGCAGACUGCAAGCAGAGGAAAUCAAAUUUCUCAUAGCAGUUAAGGGAAAAACAAGAAAGGACCGAGUAAAGAUUGUAGAGAUUAGAAAGGACUUCAAACAAGAAAGUAUGAGAGAAGAAAUUGAAAGAAAGAGAUUUAGAUGGUAUGGGCAUGUUAAGAGGAUGCAUGUGCAGGGACUCCACAAAAUUAUGGAAAAACUAAAGAUGGAUGGGAAAAGACCUAGAGGGCGUCCAAGAACACGGUGGAAAAUGGGAGUGAGAAUAUCAAUAGAAAGGAGAGCAGGCAGUUCAGUAGACGAGGACUGGAUGUCUGCUAAAUCGAUAGAGACGAAAGUUAGACAAACGUUUAUAGGAGGAAGGUGA